UGCAGGUGAGCCUUCAUCUUCAUUCAAUCAAACUCAUAACCACUUUCAAGAGCUAAGAAAGAAACAACCAUGAAGAUGAACAUCUUCUCAUUCAUUCCAAUCCUUUUCAUCAUCCUUCCCUUCUUUGUUGUGCUAUCCAGUGCUCAAGAUUUCGACUUUUUCUACUUUGUUUUGCAGUGGCCUGGUUCUUAUUGUGAUACAAAGCAAAGCUGCUGUUAUCCAACCUCCGGGAAGCCGGCCGCAGACUUCGGCAUCCAUGGCUUGUGGCCUAACUACAAUGAUGGUUCAUAUCCUUCCAACUGUGAUCCAGAUAGUUCUUAUAAUCCAUCAGAGAUAAGAGACCUUCUUGAUAGAAUGAGAACAAACUGGCCUACUCUGGCAUGCCCAAGCGGCGAUGGCUCCAAGUUCUGGGAGCAUGAAUGGGAGAAGCACGGCACAUGCUCCGAGUCGAUGCUCGACCAGCACUCCUACUUUGCAACUGCAUUGAACCUGAAGAAUCAAGUAAACAUCUUGCAGAGCUUGAAGAGUGCUGGGAUUGAACCAGAUGGUGGGUUCUACAGCUUGACAAGCAUCAAGAAUGCCAUCAGAGAAGCAACUGGCUUCACACCUGGUUUAGAGUGCAAUGUCGAUGAAUCAAGAAACAGUCAGCUGUACCAGGUUUACCUGUGCGUUGAUGCUUCAGGUUCGCAAUUGAUCGAGUGCCCUGUGUAUCCAAGGGGCAAGUGUUCUUCAAGGGUGGAGUUCCCUGCAUUCUGACAAAUGGUAUAGCACAAAUUUCGUUGUAUUGAAUUCCGAGUAUUCCGCCGUCACUCUGUGAACUUUGUUAUGUCUCAGCACCAGAAAUUUGUCAGUAAUAAUUUGCAAUCUUGAGAUCAUGAAUU